AUGACUAAAAAGAGAGCGGCCAAUAGAGAACUGAAUCAUGAUAACUGGGAUCAAGAAGACAGCGAUGAAGAGGAGAGAGGAUCAAUUGCCGUUGCCUCCGAAGACAUACUCCAGAAGCGAACCAUUUUAAAAGCAAAAAGACGCAAGCCCACAGAUUCACCGGAACCAGAGGCAGUCAAGCCAGUGAACAUAUUUCAAGGAUUUAGUUUCACCAGUAGCACCUCUAGUGCCAGCUCAUCAAACUCUACCACUGCUCUUCCUACAUUCUCUUUCUUUCCAACUUCAUCAGUAGCUGCAGCAGCAACAUCAACAAAAUCUGCCAGUGAAGCGUCAAAGACAACACCUUCAUCCUCAUCUUCUGGUCUUUCCAAUGUAGUCACCUUUGCCACUGAAGCUGAUUCUGAUGCAAAAUCUGAAUCAAGUUACCAAAAGGAAAUUGAGCGUUUGAACAAGAGCUUCCUUGACUGGAUAACUCAUCACAUAAACAAGAAUCCAUGUUGCAUUCUGUCGCCUGUCUUCAAGGACUACAACAGAUACAUCAGCGAACUUGACAUGGAGUGUGCCUGUCCAAGCAACCAACAGCCCGGCAACAAAACUGAUUCACUCCCAACUAAUCCAACUUUGACUUUCUCUAGCAAUCCUCCUUUUUCCUUUGGUUCCUCAUCAUCCUCCACAUUUGGCAAGGGCUUUUUUUCGAAACCUGCCGAGCAGAACACUGAAACAAGUGCCGGUAAUGAAGAGGAAAAAGAGGAAGAGUACGUACCUCCUAAGCCAGAGUCUGUUGAGACAAAAGAGGAAGGCUCCUUCUACACCAUAAGAUGCAAAUUGUACUACAAAAAAGAGGAGAAGUAUGACGAGAGAGGUGUUGGCUUCUUACAUCUGAAACCAAAUGGCAGCAAAACUCAAAUGAUUGUCAGGACUGAUACAGCAUUGGGCAAUAUUUUGUUGAACAUCAACGUGGGCAAAUUGAUGCCUAUCAGUAGGCAAGGAGUGAACAAUGUGAAUCUCAUCUGCAUCCCCAAUCCCCCCCUCGAUGAGAAAAGGCCCUCCAACACCCCAAUUCCCAUUCUCAUCAGGGUGAAGACGAAAGACAAUGCAGAUGAACUCUUUAAACAUUUGACUGAGGCUCAGGCAAAAUUGUGA